AACGCUUCGCCAUGGCGGCAAUCAUAUCGAGGUCGACGAUAUCUCCGUCGGUGUCGGCUUCAUCGGCAGCUCCGUCGGCGUCUACCAUACUUACUUCAGUUAAGUCGACGAAAGAUAGCGAUCCCCCGACCGUACGAUUUACCAAUACGCAAGAUCUCUUCGAUAUCAUUAAUUCCACUACUGGAGAUUUCCUUACCGUUAUAAACUGGGCAAAAGAAACGAUACCGAAAGUUCCGUUUACGCCGCUAUAGUGCCAAUUCCCAGAUCUUGAUCAUCACAAUCCUAACCGAUCUACGCGAGGCCCUUCACCUAGGACUUUAUAUCCCGUAUAUCCGAAGUCAUCCUGGAGGAGAUGGCGGAGAAGGCGAUUCGACAGGCGGUCCAUGGCCGGAACGUGCAGGAGCAGGUAAUUGGCCAACACUAGUCAUUGAGUCUGGAUAUUCCGAAAUAUUACCCGAGCUUCACAAGGAUAUGCGGUGGUGGUUUCAGGCAUCAAACCACGAGGUCAAGAUUGUCCAAAAUGGUGUUCUCAACCCAGUGAAACGGCAGUCAAUCACUAUCACCCGCGAUGAGACAACAAAUCCAGUAUCGUAUAAUGUUACUAGGGGGGCAUUAGUACUAGGAUUUCGACUUCUUUUUCUUCGCGAUCCAGGCCCGCAAGAGGGAGAUUUUGUACUUAGCAUUCAGAACCUACAGCUGUAUGCAGAGAAGGUCUGGGCUGAGCUGCCGAGAUCAGACACCAAUUAGAAAUCAGUAUUGAUGACCUAACAUAUGGCCAAAAAUGGCAGCCCCAAUAGUGACACAGGAAUUCCAAGCAAGGGUGAAUGGCACGCUUGGCGGCAACAGCAAAAUAACC